CGCGGAAGGUGUAACGUUACCGACAUACAAAUGUGCUCAUAACAUGGCCAUUAUAAGAGAUAUUUCAAAAGAGUGAAGACAAAAAAUGUAGGUCGAGUAAGGGGCGACAAUAAUCGAAUCAUAAAAUGGAACCUUUUUUUGGUUUUUGUAGAGAUAUAAUCGUGUGUAAAAAACCUUGAAAAUUCGCAAAUUUUCAUACAUUUUUUUAACACCUUCUUAUUCUUUUGCACAUAUUUAGCAUAACAAGUACACAGACUGUAGAGUUCCUUGUAUUAAAUGAAUUUUAUGAAAAUUAGCUACAUUUUAUGCCUUUACUCUUUCUUGUUAUCUAUUGUGAUAGCGGAGUAACGUUACCGUGUUCCGCGUUUUUGACCAUAUACUCGCACACAUAUAUUUUUGGACCGAUUUUUUUACAAAAAAAAUUAUUUGCUGCACCGGACUUGAAUUUUAAAUCAAGAAAGAAACAUAUAUACAUCCGACAUGAAUUUAGUGUCAACUUGGUGUACCAAUCAAAAUAAUUGAAUUGUAGUUUAAAAUAACAUUAUUUUGAAUUUAGUCACUCAAGUGUGAACUAGCCUCAAGGUAGACAGUUGACAUUUAAUGUCAAAUUCAGACGGUAUAACAAUCUAUCAACUGUCAUCUAACUGCUUUCACUCUAUUUUGUCGUAUGUUUUCAUAUUCUUGUGAAAUACACGGUCGAGAAUGGAGAAAUAUUGAUUAUCACCACCGUCCAUACAUCCUUCUAAGUGAAGAAAAAGACAACCGAAGCGCACAAAAUUAAGUCACACCAACGACGAGUCGUAGAAGAGCAAACAGGCAAAUUUACGGGUCCAUUUUUACAGCACUAGGCUACACACACUCAUUUAGUCAAAGCUGUGCCUUCAUAAAACCUUCAGGUGAAAUCAUCAAGAUGAGUCAUCAAAGCGUCGACAAACAAUCCAACACAGACACUGAUAAGCCGCAAUCAAGUGGUGCAAAGAAUCCAAAUGAACUAUCCGCUGCUAUAGGUGCUCUUACCUUAAAAACCGAAGCUCUACCGCCAAUUUUCAAGUUGUACUUGUACAAAGAUUGUUGGGAGGAAAUAUUCGAUUGGCUAUCGAUCGAUGAUAUCCAUUCAUUUGGUCAAACUUGCACGGCGCUUUAUCAAGUAGCCGGAGAAUAUUUCCGAUGGAAAUACCGAAGAGUGCUUGGCCAUGUCUACAACGAUUCAAUGACUAUUGACUGGAAAGAUUUGAAUGGGUUCAAUGAAUUCACUCGGCGAUUGUCAUUCUAUGGCUGUGAGCCAGAUAUAUCGAUUAACUAUGCCUUGGACAAUUGUAAAUCGGCUAGAGAGAUGGAAAUCGUCAAUGCGCGUUCUAGUGAGCUUGAUAUUAAAUCUUUCGAGAGCAUGCUGAGCAAAAUAGACAUCAUGGAAAUUAGAAAUUUCCGACUCUCCGGGGAAUUUCUUGAAUCAUUCUUGGAACCGUGUGCUACAUUGAGACGUUUAUCAAUUGAUAAAAGUCCAGGAAAAUGUUGGUUGCGUCACAAAUAUCCAAAACUAGAGCAUUUGCAACUGUUUGAGUGUGAUCCAUCGGAAGACAAUGACCUGAAAAUAUUUUUUGAACAAAAUCCAAAUGUAUGGAGUCUCACGACUACGGCCAAACUUCUCCUAAGGAACCGAGACAUGUUUAUGGCCAGCAACAUUGAAAUGGAUGACCUGUCAAUCUGGAGAGUUUAUAAUAUUGAUUUAAUUGCCUUUGCCCUCAUCGAACUUUAUCAACGCGGUUUUUACAAACGACUUCACAUUCAAAUCACUUCAGCCGAACAUCUGGCUCAAUUACCGGGACUUGUUACAUUGAAUGUCAAUACUUACGACUACAUUAAAAUGUCUUCUCUGCCAACAGUAAAAAAACUAAGUUUCCAAGCUCUUUGGAAUGGAUUGUAUUCUUCGAUGGACAUAGACGAGGUAUCAUUAGCAUUAAACAACCUUGAAAGCGUUUCUAUGGAAGAAACAAGCGCCGAAUAUAUGUUGCCAUUCAUUCGAAAAUCGGCGAAACUAAAAGAAAUAAAAAUGGAAUAUUUACGAGACGAUGUCGAUCUGUUGGCCAUGAAUAGCGACCGCAAGAAACUGGAAGGGGCACGCAAAGUAACCAUUUACUUUGAAGAAAGAGAUUACUUGGAACUUAAAUGGAAGUACGGCAAAACCGACUUCGGUUUAAUCGAAAUUAAACGCAAAGAGUCUUACGACGGCGAUCCAUGUUUUGGAUUUUUUUAGAAGAAACAGAGAAAAGUUGAAGAGGAAUGUUUUAAAAAAAUUGUUUUUAGAAAGAUGUUUUUCUCAUCAUUUUUGUGAUUCUGUUAACAUGUACAUUAACAAUGAGUCAUUGUCAAUGAAUGAAUAAUAAUGAGCAUUCAAUUUUUGUACUAAUUUUGUGGGUCAAAAUAAAUUGAACUUAAAAUAAACUUUCAGAACCAA